GGUGAAGAUUUGGAGGGAUGAUCAAAAAUGGCUGCUGCGCAGUUCGUCUGCAGUUAGUUCAUCCUGUCUAUAACGAACAAAAUAUUCGGUAAUUAGCUUGGUCGUGGGAGCUGGUGAAGUAACGUUUAACGAAGGAUGCAGAGAGCCCUGUCGAGCUUUCCCUUCGCCCCAGCUGUGAAAGUGAGGCUGAUCAAUGCUGGCUUUCAGUCUGCUGCGGAUCUGUGCGACUUCCGACCUCUGCAACUCAGCAAAGAGGCAGGGAUCUCCCAGGAGGAGGCGGAAGAGGUCCUGCAGGCCGUGCGGUCCGAGCCCCUCCAGGGGAGGGCAGCGGGGAGCAGGUUAACUGCCCUGGAGCUGCUGGAGAGGGAGCAGACCCUCGGAAGCAUAGUCACCUUCUGCUCGGACCUGGACUGUAUGCUCGGAGGAGGAGUGCCCGUGGGCAAGACCAUGGAGGUCUGCGGGGCACCUGGUGUGGGCAAGACGCAGCUGUGCAUGCAGCUGGCUGUGGAUGUCCAGAUCCCAGUGUGCUUUGGGGGACUGGGAGGCCAAGUGGCAUACAUAGACACUGAAGGCAGCUUCUUCGUCCAGCGGGUCGCAGACAUGGCUCAGGCCGCCGUAGAGCACUGCAGCCUAAUGGCUGAAGACACCGAGCAGCGGGAGGCCUUGAAGGAGUUCACCGUGGAAACCAUCCUCUCCAACCUCUUCCUCUUCCGUUGUCAUGACUACGUGGAGCUGUUGGCUGAGAUCUACCUCCUGCCAAACUUCCUGGCACAGCACCCCGAGGUGCGGCUGGUCGCGAUCGACGGCAUCGCCGCCCCGUUUCGCCGCGACUUCGAGGACCUGUCCGAGAGGACGCGGCUCCUCAACGGGCUCGCCCAGCGGCUCAACCGGACGGCCUGCCAGAACAGCGCCGCGAUUGUGCUGACCAAUCAGAUGACUACAAAAGUUGUGAAUGGCCAAUCAAAGCUUGUUCCAGCUUUAGGUGAAAGCUGGGGUCACGCUGCCACACAGAGGCUCAUCCUGCACUGGGAAGGCCAGCAGAGGCUGGCCUCGCUCUGCAAGUCUCCUACCUGCAAAGAGGCCACCGUUCCUUACCAGAUCACUGGUCACGGCUUGAGGGACGUCGCCCGCCCUUCUCUCCCGACGACCUCGGCGGACCCCUCUGCGGUUACUUUGGGAAACGCACGCAAGCGACCCCGCCUGGAGGAAGAAGGCCCGCCGUGAUGUAAUAAUUGUCACGGGGGUCAAAGGUCAUGUCCACCUUGGGAGCUCAGAGUUCGCUCAGGAAGACAUUUCACUCCAAGUCAAUGAUGCUCUAAGCCCAGGUCCAAGUGGUUAGCCACUCAGACAGUGAAAGAUUUGCUGGACUUGGUUGCUUUGGGCUAGAGGCUACAGCUCUGUCACCGAGCCAUUACACAACCAAUUACUGGAACUACGAGAGUUAUAAACAACUGCUCAGGUUUCUAUGUGAAACCCUGCAAAUCUUUGUAUGCCAGUGAAGAACAGCGUUUGUAUUUUGGCUAUGAAUUUGUGUCGGCCUGAAGCGAGGCAGUUAUUCGAGUUGAAGUGGCCUUGUUUUCGUUGGGGUAAGGAUCCGCCGUGGCGUUGCCUUGUGUCGGUGCAGCUGUCCAGCUUUCUCCAGGGCAGUUUCUGCCAGGCUGGCGAGCCGUCCGCCUCUCUGAGAGCGCACAAGGGCACCGAGGCGGUCCGUCACUCCAGUCAUUACGAGUCCUGCCGGGGAAAAAAAAUGCCACACAAUCUCAGGGAAAUGUUAAAUAAUACUUAGUAUGCUGCCAUGCAGCGCUACCUUUAAAAGCACGUCACUUUCCCGUAACAAAUUGCUAAAGGAUUCGGUGCCUUUCAAAGGGGGUAGACGUGCGGUGUCUGGAUCCCAUUAUGGACCGGACCCUCUGUCCUCGGCGCUAUUGUGACCUGGAAGGGCUUGGAUCUCCUUGGUCUUUGAAGGCAGCGUAUGCACCCGGAUCCUAGUGGAUCUGUCCUGGCUGCACCUUCGGCAGUCGUUGGGUUUCGGUUUUGCCAGUAGCUCGCGUUAGCCCUUGACCGCGCGCCCCCCCCGACACCCAUUUAGAUAUGAGUCCAUCUCUCUGCCGCACCACAGAUAUUUCAUACCGGCUUCAAACUGCAGUCGCUGAACGAGAUGGCUUCUGAUGCAUCUCUGUAAUUAAAUUAUACACUUAAAAGCUGGCUUCAGUGGUAGCAUUGGAGAGUCAGGUAAAAUAUGAGCACUUGGCCUAAUGUUGUCUGGCAUGGUAUCGGGAAGUACACAUGGGGGGGGGGGGGGGGGGGCGCUAGUCACAGUCCAAGACUUUGCCCCCUGAAGACUCGGAUGUGAGCGGAGCCAGGAGUUCCACUGUAUUUUUAAUUUAUUUUUCUGUGUUGGACAGACCUUCUCAGCCUGAAGGAGAACACCCGUCAAAAUUGAUUUGACAUGUAGCAUCUAUGACUCACUUUGUGUUAUGAUGUAUGCUAAGCACCAGAACUGAAUUGCACCCAAGAUUCUGCCAACGUGUAAUGAUGACCACCACCAGUCUUUUUCCCUUUUCAUUAUUUAUGUACUGCACCACCCACUACACACACACACACACACACACUCACAUGUAUACACACACACAUACUUACGUAUAUACACACACACAAACUCAUGUAUACACACAUGGACACACAUGCAUUCAUUCACACACACACACACACACACACGGACACGCAUACACACACUCAUGCGCAUACACAGACACACACACACAGACGUGGACACACACACACACACCGUCCCUCUGAUACGACAGAUGCACUGGGAAUAUUGUGCAACUCGUCAAAUCCCUCUCUAAGUAGGAGCAUACAGUGUGUUUCAAGCAAGAGUGAAAAGUCUGGAAACUUUGAAGCUGCUUGAUCACUGAAAGGAAAAACAGUUUAUUAUUGUUAGAUGCAAUGUUUUUGCACAGAGGUUUAUGAAAGGUGCAAGGGUUUGCAUCAUUUAUUGCUUACACCAAAUACACGUUUUGAUUUAUGGCCUCGUCUUUAACAUCCCCGCUUUUUUUUCUUAAAUAAAGAAUUUGAAUUUGUGAA